CGGAAAGUUAGCCCUCUAUAUAUUUGUGAUUGUGUAGGCUACAUAUAACAUUUGUAGACAAGACCAAGUGGCCACCAUAGCGAUCUCGCCGCUGGAAGACCUCAGCUUCCAAAAUCUUCAGUUACCUGACUAUCACUUGAAGACUGCCAUGUUAUCUGCUGCUCUAGAGAUCCCCCCUAGACGGGGUUCCAUUCGGUACCGCCGGGGCAUGAUUGCUUUCGCCGUCUUGCUCUUUCUGUCAGUGACCGUUACAUACGCGCACAGCACAACAGUAGAGCAUGACCUCCACAUCGUCCAUAAUGUGGACAACAGAAGUCCAGAAAUUGACCCUUUUUGGUAUGUGGGACGUGGGGUUAGACCAAUCGGACGUUUUGGUAAACGUGUAACAGACAGUGGGAAUGUUGGUGGACUACGUCCAGUGCUGAGUUCCUUGGAGCUUUUGCUCACCGCUCUCAGAGAAAAGGAAGACCUUCACCACACCCUAGCUCAAGAAGAACCGGAGUGGUUACAACACCCCUACUGAAAAGUUUUAAAAUUGAAUUUCCCAGUUAUGUACAAUGUUUUUUUUCCCUCUCUAGGCUAAAUAUUUAAAUUUGAAGCUUUAUAAGUAGGAUAGAAAAUGAGAAAAUAUUGUUAAAUAAAUAGAUUGUCAUUUAUGUUUUUGUGCCUACUUUCAUCUCACAAAAGAGUACUGUCUACACAUUUACUAGGGUAUGUGAUUAACCUACACUCUUGAAAUGAAAUAUUAAAAAUAUUAAAUAUAUUUAAUAGACUAUAGGCUAUGAUAAUGUAAUGCUCUACAGCUUAGAGAAAUGUCAUCAUAGGAAAUGUGAACUUUUUGUGUUAAUUUUAUGCGAUUGCACAUUCCAAUUCUAAGACACAGUCUAACUUCAUUUAAAGGUUAUUACCUAAAUAAUUGGCUUUGGACUGGCCAUGGUUUAGUACCCUAUGCUGGAAUCUUGGGCCUAUUUGAUAUGAAAUAAAAUCCUCAUUUAUGUUGCUUAGGCAGCAAGGUCUCUGAACUGGAAGAGUAACUUUGGGGUAUAGGGCACAUUUUUCAUCAUCAUGGAUUAUGCCACGGAAGGCUCUUGGGCCAGCACAUAUAUUUCUGGUGGAGCGUCAGUGUAACAGCAUUUUCUGUUAUAUUUCAGGCGGACACUGAAUAUCUUGUUGAUGUCCAGCAGGGCAUCAAAUAAGUUUUUUUUUUUCCAUUUAUUUAUUCAACUUUGACACAUGCAUAAAUCCUUCGGCAUAUUAACAUGCUCAUUCACUAGAUGCAGCACCCAACCGGGUCUGUGUAAACAGGUACACUAAAACAAAAGGCGUUACAAUACAGGUGACAGUCCAUUGGAAAUGUAUGUGCUGGCUGAAAAGCCUUCAAAGAAGUGCCUGGCAUAUAGGAAAUUAGUCUACAGUAAUGAUACUACAUAAAUGACCUAUUUGAGGAUUGAAGAUAUUUACAGUAAAUUAUUAUGAUUAUGAUGACUAUAAAUAACUUAUUUGAGGAUUGACGAUACUGUCUAUAAACAAUUAUCUUGAUUGUGGACUUCCAAAACAAUGUUUUUCUUUAAAUUUCUUUCCUUUUUCAGUUGUUGAUGGUUCA